AUGACGAUCGAACAGUUUCGAGAUUGUUUUGUGGGUGAAAAAGGCUAUGAUGCUUUAAAAAAACUAAUGAAAGCUGGUAAUGAAUUAUGUACAGAUACCGCAAAGUGCUGGCAAGAACGUUACGACAUUGAAAUCGCUUAUGCCAAAGGUCUUCGUAAAAACAGUGAAACAUUUCAAAAGCUUGCUGGUCGAGCAAAAGGAUCUUUAGUGCAAGCAUUUACAGCUAUUGCUACACAAACAAAUAUUGAAAGUGAAGCACAUAAUGUAAUAGCUAAUGUAUUACUUAAUAAAAUAUCUACUCCAAUGAAAAAUCUUGCUGAUACACAACUUAAAGCAAGAAAACCAAUUGAAGAUGUAUUAAAUGCAAAAUUUAAAGCAUGGAAAGAUAAAAAAGAAAUCGAUACUAAAUAUCGUCAACGUCAAUUUGAAAAUUGUAAAGAAAUCGAAGGAUUAUAUCUUAAAAUGGAUGAAACUCCAAAAACAACAAAAAAUUCCGUGAAAGAAGUUAGCAAGGAAGCACAAUUGGUUACGGCUUGUAUAUCCCCUGGUGGAUAUCGCACAAAUACCUCUGAAAAGAUUGAAACAUCACUACGAAAAGCAGAACAAGAAUUAGAAAAAACAGAAAAAAAAUAUCAUGAUUCAACAAAAGAUGUUGAAUUAGCAAGACAAUCAUGUGAUGCUGAAAUGUGUAGAAGUUGUGAUCAAAUGCAAAUGAUGGAACUUGAUCGAAUAAAUGAAAUGGAAAAAUUCAUUCAAACGUAUAAUAAUUCAAUACAAAAACUUUGUGAAACGAUGAGUCUAAUAACACAAGAGUUAUAUUCCAUCCGAAUAACACCACAAGAUGAUAUUAUUACUGAAGGUAAACUUAAUGUACAAACAACUGAAACAGAAAUUCUACUAUAUGAUAUUUAUGCUGAAAAUGAACAUAAUGCAAUGAGUCAAGAACGACGAAUAUUAAGUCUUAUGCAUUGGAUACAAAUGUUAAAACAAGAUAUUGAAAUACAACGUCGAUCAAAAGAUGUGAGUAAUUUCUCCCCAUUAAAAUAUUCUGAGGAAGAAUCACCAGACGAUAAUCGAAGUUUAUCAAGUGAUGGAGCGAUGUGUUCUCCAUCCUCUCGUUCACAAAAAGAUAUUGUGGUUCAUCGUAAACAGCAUCAACACGGUUCAUCGUCUUCCACGAGUGAUGAUGAAGAUGGUGCUAUGUAUCAUCAUAAAAAAAGAGAAAAUAGAAAAAGAGAGGGUAUUGAAAAUUUACAAGGAUUUUGUCAACAAAAUCAAAAAUUUUCAACAAGUGUUAAUUCGAGUGAAAUAUCUGUUAAUCGUGAAAGUGUUCGUCUUCUACAAUGUCUUUAUCACGGAAGUUUAUAUAAAAUGGAAGUAAUUUAUAAUCAAAUUAAACAUUUACCUGAACCACAAUAUGAAUAUUCACAACGUUUUGCCAAAAGUUAUACUGAUAAAGGAACCCCAACAACUUUCCUUCGUAUUCCAUUUCAACCAUUAAGUCAAAAUACUUCGCCUGCUUUGUCUACUGCAAGCUAUCUUGCACGGACAAUGCCUGUAGUUCCUGCACCAGUUAUGAUGCAACAACCUGCACCAGUUAUGAUGCAACAACCUGCACCAGUUAUGAUGCAACAACCUGCACCAGUUAUGAUGCAACAACCUGCACCACCACCGCCAUAUCCAAUUCACAAACAAGCACCAAUAGGCUGGGCAAUUAAUGAACUUCCUAAUGAUCAUCCAGCACAAGGUGUACAUUCAAUGUAUAAUCGAUCAGUAGCACCAACACCACCUUAUCCAGUUCUUCCGAAUGUAAUGACAGCAUCAACAGACUCUCAACGACAACAAACAAGUAAACAUGUUAAAGUAUUACAUGCUUAUGAUGCACAACAUGAUGAUGAAUUAAGUAUACGACCAGGUGAUACUAUUGUAUUACUUGAACGUCGUUCUGAUAAUUGGUUUAAAGGUAUUUUGAAUGGAAAGAUUGGUUUAUUUCCAGGCAAUUUCGUACAAGAAUUACAAAAUGAAUACUAG